UGACCAUGAAAUGAUAUUAUAAUGCAAAAAUUUCUAGUAUGUGUAAAUUACAUCAGUGAUAAAUAAUUGUUUUUCUUCAUUCAUCAAAACACGUUAAAUCAUGAGUAAAAUCACAAUGAAGUUUAUAAACAUCGUUUUAUUCUCCUUUUUUAUUCACUUGACAAAUGGUGAUACGAAGAAAACAUCUAUGAAUGAAGACUUAAAUCGCGCGUGUAUUAUUCGUUUUUUACAAAUAAGAGGAAAACUCGACGAACAGAUUCAAGUGUCACCAGCUCCAGCUGAUAUGUGUAGAAUAUUAUUGCCAUUAGUUUAUGCAAAUCAUAGUGAACGAUUAUGUUUAAGAUUAUGGGAAACAAAAAGUAUAAAAGCUGAAUGUGUUUUUGAAACUUUAAAGAAAUUUGAGUUUGUUGAUUUAGAAUUGAAACAAGAAAUAAUUACAAAAUUGAAAUCAAUACCAAAAGGUGAUAAAAGAAAAAUUUUACAUGAAGUUACUGUGGCACAGCGCGAAGCUUUGACAAGAACAGCUAAAAUGUGUAAAAGUGAUUUUACAUACGGAGGUCUAUUUGAUGAAAUUUUGGGAAUAAAUAGUUCUCUGAUCGCCCUACAAAGAGAAUAUUGUCUUUUAAAAUAUGCGCUUGAAAAUAAGUUUUUAGAUUUACGAUAUAUUAAUAUUAAUCCACGAAAUAUCGAUGUAAGAAACAUCGAAUGUACUUCAAUCAUAGUUCAAUCUCAAGAUGAAAGUGAGGAGAAAUUAUUGGAAGCAUUUAAAAGUAGAAAAUAUUCAUCAGAUGCAAUAAACUGUUUAAUUGAAAAGUACAAAGAUGAGAGAAUAUUUGGAUGGAAUUUAGCAAAAGACUUUUUGUACAAAAUAAAGAUCAGUGAAAAUGAAAAGCGUGCAGAAGAUUGGAGAAUCAGCAAAAAGCUUUCAGACUUUAAUAAAAUUUCGUCUAACUGUUUAUACUCAUUUAAUUGGUCGCUUUUUCAAUUUAAAUGAGAUAUUUGCAUUCUCAUAUAUAUUGACAUGAUUUUAAAG